UGCGCAGUUCGAAUUGCCCGUAUCGCUCGUAAUUCCAGAUUUCUGCGACAUUUCGCCGAGUGAGUUGCGCUCCGGUUCUCUCGGGUAUUUCUGAAAUACUUAUAUUCACUUAUAGAAGAUCCACUCGAGAUCGAGAUCAGUCUGCAUCGCUUCAGCUCGAUAAGAUUGUAUGAAAUUUGGAUACAUUUUAAUGUCACACUCGAGCUGGCUAAUCGUAUUUUAUUUUAUUUAUUUUUUGUACCGUGUUCGCUGUGUGCGUGUGAAGUAGCUGUUGAAUCAACUGCUGCAACAAUAAAAUGCAAUUAAGCUGCUCAAAUCAACAAUAAAUUGAAUUAAACCGCGUCAACUGCGCUUAACAACUUUAACAACCGAGCCGAGCAAAAUGUGGUUUCAGUUGCGAUCAAAUGCGGCGCAAAAUGUAAAUACGACCAAAGAACCAACAAAAACCGAGCGAACGAUAGAAAUUAGAAGCAAAAAAAACUCGGGUGAAGGUCGCGUUUGCUUCCCGCUCCGAUGACCAUGUUUUGGCACCAAAAUGUGGAUCAGCAGCCGGAGGAGCAGAGCAAACAGCAGAGGAGUUCCACUCCCACGAGGAGAUUGAACAUCAGCUUCAAUGUGAAGAUCGCUGUGAAUGUGAACACCAAGAUGUCCACGACGCACAUAAAUCAGCAGGCAUCCAAUAGCGCCACCUCCCCCUCCUCCUCCUCCUCUUUCCCCUCUUCCUCCUCCUCUUCGGGAUCAGGGUCACCUGGAAAGAUCGUGGUCCACCAGCAGAGCGGCUCCUUCGAUCUCCGCCAGCAGUUGGCUCGCUUGGGUCGCCAGUUGACCAGCGGCCAGGAUGGACACGGUGGCAUCUCCACACUCCUGAUCGUGAAUCUCCUCCUGCUGAUCCUGCUCUCCAUCUGCUGCGAUGUCUGCCGCUCGGCCAACUACUCGGUGCCCCAGAGUCCCGAGCCUGCGAUCAAGGAUCAGCUUGGCUUGCUGCGACCCAAGUUGGACAGCGAUGUGGUUGAGAAGGUGGCCAUUUGGCACAAGCACGCCGCCGCCUCCCCGCCCAGCGUCGUCGAGGGCGUGGCCAUCAGCAGUGGACCUCGCAUGGCGGAACUCCCUCCUCCCCCCGCUAAUCCGCCGGAGGAGCAUCGCGGCAUCGACGAGCGGGUCGUCCUCGAACGGGUCACCAGGGAUUGUGUCCAGCGGUGCAUUGUGGAGGAGGAUCUGUUUCUGGACGAGUUCGGGAUUCAGUGCGAGAAGGCGGACAACAGUGAGAAGUGCUACAAAACACGAUGCACCAAGGGCUGUGCCCAGUGGUAUCGCGCCCUGAAGGAGCUGGAACCCUGCCAGGAGGCCUGCUUGUCGCUGCAGUUCUACCCAUUCGACCUGCCCUGCAUCGGCGCCUGCGAGAUGGCCCAGCGGGACUACUGGCACCUGCAGCGGAUGGCCAUCAGCGGACUGGUGGAGCGGACCCAGCCGCAGCUGGAGCGAGCUCCCCGUGCCGAUGGCCAGACCACGCCGCUCACCAUCCGCUGGGCGAUGCACUUCCCGGAGCACUACCUCGCCAGCCGGCCCUUCAACAUCCAGUACCAGUUCGUGGACCACCACGGAGGGGAUCAGGACCUGGAGCAGGAGCAGGAGCAGGAGCGGGAGCAGGAGUCGGAUCCCGACCAGGAAUCCUCUGGCAGCGCCUGGUUCAACCUCGCGGACUACGAUUGCAACGAGUACUACGUGUGCGAGAUACUGGAGACCCUCGUACCCUACACUCAGUACAGGUUCCGCUUUGAGUUGCCCUUUGGCGAGAAUAGUGACGAAGUACUCUACUCCCCGGCCACGCCCGCCUACCAAACUCCCCCUGAAGGGGCGCCCAUUUCGGCUCCUGUGAUCGAGCACUUACUGGGCUUGGACGACAGCCACCUGGCAGUCCAUUGGCAUCCGGGCCGAUUCACCAACGGACCCGUCGAAGGAUACCGCCUGCGACUGAGCUCCGCCAAGGGAAACCGCUCAACCGAGCAGCUGGUUCCAGCGGGGCGAGGAAGCUUCAUAUUUGCCCAGCUGGAACCGGGGACCAACUUCACCCUCGAGCUGACGAUGAUCAACAAGCAGGGCGAGGGUCCUGCGGCCAAGGGCUUUGUGGCCACACUCGCCUCCCGGAACGAGAAGCCGGUGAAGGAUCUGACCGAGGGAGUCCUGCUGGCCGGUCGGAGGGCUGUGAUGUGGCAGUCCCUGGAGCCAGCCGGCGAGAGCUCCAUGAUCUACCAGUCGCAGGAGGAGCUGGCUGACGUGGCCUGGUCGCAGCAGGAGCAGCGGUUGUGGCUGCUCAACGUCCACGGCGAGUUGCGCAGUUUGAAGUUCGAGUCGGGACAGAUGGUAAGUCCCGCGGAGAAAGUGUCUCUGGAGCUGGGAAACCUGACCAUCAGAGGGUGGACACCCAGAAGGCUGAGCUUCGACUGGCUGCGCCACCGACUGUACUUCGCCAUGGAGUCGCUGGAUGGAGCCCUGCAGAGGUUCCAGAUCAUCAGCACCGACUUGGAGGGAGGAUCGGCCGAGGAGGCGGGGGAGCCGCUGGAUCUGCCAGUGGAGCAGCUGGAGGUGGACGCUCUGAACGGCUGGCUCUUCUGGAGGAACGAGGAGUCCCUGUGGCGCCAGGAUCUGCACGGUCGCCUGCGCUAUCGCCUGGUGAAGAUCAGGCAGCCUGGAUGGUUUACAGUUCGUCCGCAGAACUUCCUCAUCCGACUGAUGCUUCCCCAGGAGGAUCGCUUCCUGGAGCUGAGUUACGAUGGGGGAUUCAGGCAGCCCCUUCCUCUGCCACAGAAUCCCAGUGGAUCCUCCGCCUGGCGAACCUUCGCCCUGCUUGGCCGCCACCUGCUGCUCCCCUCCGCCAGCCAGCUGAUCCUGGUGGAACCGAACUCCGGUGGCCAGGGAGCCAGCGCCUCGUGGCCACUGCGCCACCUGCCCGACUGCUGGGCGCUGAUCCUCCUGGUGGCCGAUGGCCAACCACUCACCAGUGCCGCUGGCAGGCCCCAGGAGCUGAGGGCACUGCUGGGAUCCCAGGCGGCGGAGAUCUCCUGGCGGGAACCGGAGCGCAAUCCUUACCAAUCCGCGGACGCCGCCCGCAACUGGAGCUACGAGCUGGAGGUGCUCGAUGUGGCCAGCCAGAGCGCCUUCAGCAUCCGCAACAUCCGCGGACCCUUCUUCGGCCUGCAGCGCCUCCAGCCGGACAAUCCCUACCAGCUGCGCGUGCGGGCCAUCCACGCUGACGGAUCUCCGGGGGAUUGGACGAACCCGCUCGCCGCCCGCACCUGGCCACUCGGUCCGCACCGCCUUCGCUGGUCCAGCGGGCGGGGUGACCUCCUCCUCACCGACGAGCUGGGAGGCCUUCUCCUCCAGGAGAAGGAGGUAAAGCAGCUGGAAGCACUUCCCGGACCGCUGGCCAUGGUUAAUGGCAGUGUGGGUUACUACGUGGGCGGACGGGGAAUGCUGCACUGCAUCCAACUGGGCCACGGCGGGGGAAGCUGCCCCUGGACGGAGCCCAUCAGCCAUGUGGGCGCGGUGGCGUACGAUUGGCGCGGGGCGAGGAUCUACUGGACGGAUCUGGCCAGGAGCUGCGUGGUGCGCAUGGAUCCCUGGUCGGGUCGCCGGGAACUGCUGCCCGUCUUCGAGGCCCGCUCCCUGGCGCUGGAUCCCCGGCAGGGGCACCUCUACUACUCGACGGGGUCGCAGCUGAAGCGACAUGGACCCUCGCCGGAGGAGCAGGUCACCCUCUACCGCGUCGAUGGACUGGAGGGCAGCAUCACCUCCUUCGCGCUGGACACCCAGCAGGAGCAGCUCUACUGGCUGGUGGUGGGGGCAGCCGAGCUGCGCCUCUACCGCUCCUCCUUCUCCGAGGGCGGGGAGGCACCACAGCUGCUCCACAAGGCGAACAAGGGUCUCCCGGUGGUGCCGCACAGCCUGCAGCUCCUCCGACCGCUGGGCGCACUGCUCUGGCUGGAAAGGAGUGGCAGUCGCGCGAGGUUGCUCCGCCUGGCAGCGCCGCAGGAUGUGAUGGAGUUACCCGCUCCCAAGGAAGUGGCUCCCGCUUCCGCCCUCCAGCUCCUCGAUCCGCAACCAGUGCCGCCUCCAGAUCCGGAUGUGGCUCCAUUAGCCGUUGCUCCCGACUCCGUGCGAUUGGACGAUGGCCACUGGGACGACUUCCACGUGCGCUGGCAGCCAUCGACGGCCGGCGGCAACCAGAGCGUCUCGUACCGCCUGCUCCUCGAAUUCGGCCAGCGGCUGCAAACCCUCGAGCUGAGCACCCCCUUCGCCCGACUCACCCAGCUCCCGCAGGCGCAGCUCCGGCUGAGGAUCAGCAUCACGCCGCGCACCGCCUGGCGCACUGGAGCCACCACCCGCGUCCAGCUGACCACUCCUGCGGCGGCACCUUCGCAGCCGCGCCGCCUGCGCGUCUUCGUGGAGCGGAUGGCCAGCGCCCUCGGCGGCUUGAAUGUGAGCGCCCUGCUCCGCUGGGAUGCCCCCGAGCAGGAGCAGGCGCUGGAGUACCACAUCAGCUGCUGGCUGGGCUCGGAACUCCAGUCGGAGCUGCGGCGCAACCAGAGCGCCUUGGAGGCACGCGUGGAGCGGCUGCAGCCGGACCGCACCUACCGCUUCCAGGUGGAGGCACGAGUGGCCGCCACGGGUGCGCCGGCCGGUGCCGCCAGCCACGCCCUCCACGUGGCGCCGGAAGUGCAGGCGGUGCCGCGACUGCUCUACGCCAACGCGGAGUUCAUCGGCGAACUCGACCUGGACACGCGCAGUCGCCGCCGGCUGGUGCACACCGCCAGUCCCGUCGAGCAUUUGGCGGCCAUCGAGAGCGAGCGGCGGCUUCUCUGGGUCAACGAGCACGUCGAGCUGCUCACCCACGUCCCGGGCACGGCGCCCGCCAAGCUGGCCAGGAUGCGGGCAGAGGUGCUGGCCCUGGCCGUCGACUGGAUCCAGCGGAUGGUCUACUGGGCGGAGCUGGAUGCUGCCGUGCCUCCGGCGGCCACCUCGGCGGUGAUCCACCGGCUGGACCUGUGCCGCUUCGAGGGGAAGAUCCUGCAAGGAGAGCGCGUGUGGAGCACGGCGAGGGGUCGCCUCCUCCGUGAUCUGGUGGCCCUACCCCAAGCGGGAGCUCUCGUCUGGCUGGAAUUCGAGCAGGGAGCACCGCGGAACGGAUCCCUGCGGGGCAGGAACCUCACCGAUGGCGCCGCCCUGGAGUUCACCACCCUCCAGCCUCUGGUUCGCCUGCACGCCGGGAGCCUGGAGCCCGGAGCGGAGACGCUCAACCUGGUGGACCAGCAGGGCAAACUGUGCGUCUACGACGUGGCCCGCCAGCUGUGCACGACCAGUGCCUUGAGGACCCAGCUGGGAUCGCUGGGCGAGGAUUCGCUGGCCCAGGAUUCCGGCUACCUGUACACCCAGCACAACUGGAGCAUCCGUGCCUUUGGCCGCCGGCGCCAGCAGCUGGAGUACACGGUGGAGCUGGAGCCGGAGGAGGUGCGUCUGCUGCUGGCGCACAACUACCAGGCCUAUCCGCCCAGGAGCUGCCUGCUCCUUCCGCCGGCGGCGGAUGAGUCCCAACUGCCCACCGUUGACUGCGAGGAGCGGAGCUGCCAGCUCCAGUUGCCUUUGGUCCAGGCCUCCGAGGAUUGUGCGCUGCCUGUUCCGGGUGGGCGCUACCAGCUGAACCUCACCCUGGCCCAGGAGCAGGACGAACUGCCUCUGGCCCAGUGGGUGCUCUCUGCCGGGGAAUCCCUCAACAUGACCGACCUGCUGCCCUUCACCAAGUAUCGCUUGAAGAGCAGCCUGAGCAGCUACUACCAAAGGAAGCUGGGGCUGCCCGUCCUGAUCCCGCCUCCUCUGGAGUUCCGCACCGCCCCCGCCACGCCCUCCGCCCCGCGGAACUUCAGCGUCCGCGUGCUGAGUCCCCGCGAACUGGAGGUCAGCUGGCUGCCGCCGGAGCAGCUGCGCAGCGAGGGAGUCUACUACACGCUCCACUGGCAGCGGGAGUCGGACGGCGAGCAGGAGGAGGGCGUCCAGCGGGAGCAGCAGCCGCAGGAGCGGCGCAUCGAGGCGGCCGGAAGCCACCGGCUCACCGGAGUGAAGCCCGGAUCCGGCUACCUCCUGUGGGUGCGGGCCCAUGCCACGCCCACCAAGAGCAACAGCAGCGGACGGGUGCACGUGCGCAGCUUCGCCGAGCUGCCGGAGCUGCAGCUUCUCGAGCUGGGACCCUACUCGCUGAGUCUCACCUGGGCGGGCACGCCGGAUCCGCUCGGUUCGCUGCAGCUGGAGUGCCGCUCGCCGGGGGAGCAGCUGCGUCGCAAUGUGGCCGGGAACCACACGCGGAUGGUGCUGGAGCCGCUGCAGCCGCGCACCCGCUACCAGUGCCGGCUGCUCCUGGGAUACGCGGCCACGCCGGGAGCUCCACUGUACCACGGCGCCGCCGAGGUGUACGAAACCCUGGGCGAUGCUCCCGGCCAGCCGGGCAGGCCGCAGCUGGAGCACAUCGCCGAGGAGGUGUUCCGGGUCACAUGGACACCGGCCCGCGGGAACGGGGCACCCAUUGCUCUCUACAACCUGGAGGCUCUGCAGGCGAGGAGCAACAUCCGCCGGAGGAGGAGAAGGAGGCGGAGGGCUAGCGGAUCCCUGAUGGAGCUGCCGUGGGCCGAGGAGCCGGCGGUGGUGGAGGACCAGUGGCUGGACUUCUGCAACACCACCGAGCUGAGCUGCAUUGUGCGGAGCCUCCAUUCCAGUCGGCUGCUCCUCUUCCGGGUGCGGGCAAGGAGCCUGGAGCACGGAUGGGGUCCCUACAGCGAGGAGAGCGAGCGCGUGGCGGAGCCCUUCGUUUCGCCGGAGAAGCGCGGCUCCCUCGUCCUGGCCAUCAUCGCCCCGGCGGCCAUCGUCUCCAGCUGCGUCCUGGCGCUCGUCCUUGUGCGGAAAGUUCAGAAGCGACGGCUGCGGGCCAAGAAGCUGCUCCAGCAGAGCCGUCCCAGCAUCUGGAGCAACCUGUCCACUCUGCAGACGCAACAGCAGCUGAUGGCUGCCCGGAACCGGGCCUUCUCCACCACACUAAGUGACGCGGACAUCGCCCUGCUGCCCCAGAUAAACUGGAGCCAGCUGAAGCUGCUGAGGUUCCUGGGCAGCGGAGCCUUCGGCGAGGUGUACGAGGGUCAGUUGCAGACGGAGGACUCCGGGGAGCCCCAGCGAGUGGCCAUCAAGAGCUUGCGGAAAGGAGCCAGCGAAUUCGCCGAGUUGCUGCAGGAAGCGCAGCUGAUGAGCAACUUCAAGCACGAGAACAUCGUCUGCCUGGUGGGAAUCUGCUUCGACACGGAGUCCAUCUCCCUGAUCAUGGAGCACAUGGAGGCCGGCGACCUGCUCAGCUACCUCCGCAACGCUCGGAACACCAGCACUCAGGAACAGCAGCCCGCGGCGGGACUCUCGCUCUCCGAACUCCUGGCCAUGUGCAUCGACGUGGCGAAUGGGUGCAGCUACCUGGAGGACAUGCACUUCGUGCACCGGGAUCUGGCCUGCCGGAACUGCCUGGUCACGGAGUCAUCGGGCGGAGCGGACAGGCGGCGAACGGUUAAGAUCGGGGACUUCGGAUUGGCGAGGGACAUCUACAAGAGCGACUACUACCGCAAGGAGGGCGAGGGGCUGCUCCCGGUGAGGUGGAUGUCUCCGGAGAGCCUCGUCGACGGACUCUUCACCACGCAGUCGGACGUGUGGGCCUUCGGGGUCCUCUGCUGGGAGAUCCUCACCCUCGGCCAGCAGCCCUACGCGGCCAGGAACAACUUCGAGGUGCUCACCCACGUCAAGGAGGGCGGACGCCUCCAGCAGCCGCCCAUGUGCCCCGAAAAGCUGUACUCACUUCUCCUGCUUUGUUGGCGAACGGACCCGUGGGAGCGGCCCAGUUUCCGGCGGUGCUACAACAAUCUGCACGCCAUCAGCACGGAUCUCCGGCGGAGUCAGAUGGCCUCCAGUCCGGUGGACUCCGGAGGAAUCUCCAAGCCGGAGUUCAAGGUGCGGUUCGAUGGGCAGCUGAAGGAGGAGAAGGAAAAGGAGAAGGAGAAGGAUAAGGAGAAGGGACUCCUGGAGUCCGAGAAUCUCUCGCUGCGGGAAGUGAGCGGCGGUGGCGAAUCCCCUUCGCUGAAGGAAAAACAACUCUAUGCCAACGAGGGCGUCUCCCGACUUUGAGGGACAGUCCCUCACCCUUCACAAAUGACGUCUCAAACUAGCUUUCCAUUAAUCUAAGCCUAACAUUAAUUUCUACUUGUGUAAUAAAAUAUAAAAUAGUCCAUGAGGAAUCGCAA